AUGAAGGGUAGAGUUCUGGUUACCGGCGCAGUCGCGUUGACACACAUCGCGGAAGCCGCGUAUGUCUGGCCGUCUCAGUAUGACGAGAUUGAAGACAUCUUGUCACUCCAGACGGGAUACCGCGGAAGAGGCUUCGUAGAUGGCGUGACUCCUUGCUCCUUUGGAGGCAACAUCAAAGGCCGUCAAUUCGCCGCAGAAUGGAUCCGAACAGCCUUUCACGACGUAGCCACGACGGACGUGGCUGCGGGACAGGGCGGCCUCGACGGUUCCAUCUGGUUUGAGGUUCACCGUCCCGAGAACGGAGGCGCCGCCUUCAACAACACCUUUAGCUUCUUCGCCAACCUCUACUCCAUCAAGGCCUCCGCCGCAGAUCUGCUGGCGAUGAGCGUCGUUGUCGCCAACGCCGGCUGCGGCGGCGCGAGGAUGCCGUUCCGGGCCGGGCGCAUCGACGCCCAGGAGGCCGGCCCCGCGGGCGUGCCCGAGCCGGACACCCCGCUCAACAGCACGAUAGACACGUUCGCCAAGGCCGGGUUCAGCAAGAGCGAGAUGAUUUCGCUGGUCGCGUGCGGGCACACCCUCGGCGGAGUGCACAGCAGGAACAACCCGCACAUCACCGGGCUCGACCCGACGCCCGAUGUGGUGACGCCUUUCGACAGCACGUCGGACAACUUUGACAACAAGAUCGCGACGGAGUACAUCAAGGGCACGACGGCGAACCCGCUCGUGGUCAACGCCAACGAGACGCUCAACUCGGACAAGCGCAUCUUUGCUUCGGACGGGAACAAGACCAUCACGCAGCUGGGAUGCACGGGCAACGGCUUCAAGACGGCAUGCGCCGACAUCUUCACGCACAUGAUCGACACCGUGCCCUCGUCGGUGACCUUGUCGGACCCCAUCGAGCCCGUCGAUAUCAAGCCCUACGUCAGCACGACGUUGGGCGGGGACGGCAGCAUCACCUUCAGCGGGCGGGUGCGCGUCAGGACGACCGAGGGCAGCGGGCGAAACUCGACCGACCUGGCCGUCCAUCUGACCUAUUCCGACCGCAACGGAGAAGGCGAGACGGAAGUCUCGACGACGCUCGACGCCGGCGGCGUGACCACGGGUCUCCACGGAGAGACGUUUGUCUGGUAUCAGUUCGAGACGGCCGUCGAUGCCGCUCGCGGCAUUAGCAAUUUCUUCAUCCACUUCACGACGCCGUCUACCAAGGAGGUGACGGUCCACAGGAACGCGGGCAGCGGGUAUCCCGUGGACGACACGCUGCUCUACCUGGAGUCGGAGUCGUGCGUCAACCGGACGAGCGUGAACAACGAGCGGACGUUCACUGUCACGGCCGCGGUGCGCAAGGAGCGCUCGUCGGACCCGGUGACGAUGGAUGUCGUGCGUCUGGUGCGGCGGCAGGGGGUUAUUGUGCGCAAACUCGAGGUUGACACGGUCGAGUUGGCGGCGACGGGCGAGGAGAGGGGCGAGUAUGCCAUAUUCCAGGGCAAGACGCAGCUUGCGACGAAUGGAUGGAGCACGAGCUUUGAUCUGGUGCUGGGCGGCGAGAAGGAGGUCAAGGCCGAGUUUUUCAAGACGCAGGCCUGUCCCCGUACAUGA